AUGACCGCCGCCGUGUUCCGGAACACGCCUCCAAUGUCGGUUCCACAAACGCAGAAUACUGCGCCUGUUCUCGAGUUCAACUGCUUGUACACUCAUGAUGUCCGCAAAAAGACGAAGAAAUGGCAAGACGGCGUGUUGCGCUAUCACACCUUCAACAAGCGUGUUAUGGUCUACGAUGUCCCGCGCAAUUUCAUCGGCGAUAUGCACUGGACUGGGCACGGAGACCUUCAUGAAGGAGACGAGGUCACGCUGGAAAGGUCUGGAGUGACAGUCGAGGUGGCAGAUUGCAUAGGCCGUUCAGAGACGGACCUCUCUGAGCUUAGAAAGAGCAAGAACAAAAGUUCGUCGGCGGCUGCUACAUCUCCGCCUUCGAGAACCGCUCCAAUAGCUAUUGCGCGAGCCAGCAUUCUCCCGCCCGCAAGAGCGAACACACAGCUGAAGCAUCAAUCGCUGAAUACUCUGCUUGGAACUCCAAAGGGUCCGAUCGGGAAAGCGCAGCUCCCUAGUCGAUCACCGUUUGAGGAGAAACAUGCCAACGACGAGAAUGAAGCAUGGGAGGAUGGAUGGCCACCAAAAAGGCCGAAGACCGGAGAUGGCUGGAAUGUGACGAGGACUACAACGACUUCGAAGUCUUCGAAGAGAAACGAGAUGCCGCUAUGGGCGCGAACUUCGGAUGCAGCCAAGCAGAAGAAGAGGGCGUUGCCGCCCGGGCAGCAAAAGUUGGGUACAAAAGAGGUCAUUGCUCUCUCAGACGAUGAGAAUGACGAGCAACGGCCUAGUGAUUUCCUGCCGGGCUUCUCUGACGAUGCCCUGGCUAAUUCAUCAUCUCCUGCGAAGGCUAAGCGAAGGACGACUGCAAAGAGCACUGCCUGCUCGAGCUCUCCAGCAUUUCAGACGCAAAAAGCGCCUGACUCGGCGAGUCGAUCUGCAGAGAAGUUAAGACUGAAGCCAGCAAAACCCAGUUCACGUGCAAAAUCGAACGUAGAGACCACCGCAACUGCUGCAGAUACUGAUCAACGACCUCCAAGGAAAGUGUCUACCAUGGUAGAGGCUAGGCCUGUGGAAGAAGUGGCAAACUUGCCCAAAGAAACGAUGCAGCAAAGAGACUCUAGCAGCAGAACCGGUCACACUCUCAGACUUGCGUCUACGGCUCCCAAGAAAAGAGGGUUAUUGUGUCAGGACCAGCUAUUGAAGAAGUCAAAAAGACCACCUGCGAUCGAUAUCGACAACGCGAACGUAUCCGAAGAAGUCAGAUCUAAAAGCACUGAUAAAGACGAGGUUGCAUCAGCAGCUCGCGAGAAGUUUGAGGCUCGAUUAGCGCGAAUCGAUAAGAAAGGCGGGAGCACAAGCAGUGCCAGACUCAAGCAAGCAUCGAAGAAAGGUUCGAGCGAGAAGCAGGUCCCUCUCGUCAUAAGCAGUGAUAACACGCUCGUGGGCAAUGUGGUGCCAGAGAUCGCUCCACCUUGUGAGGAAGACAGUACAGUUACCGUCCACAGGGCGUCAGCGCUUGAACUCGGGAGGCUUGAUGACUUAGUGCUACCUCCUCUAGCCCCUGUCAAACGGCCGACGACUGCUAUGGUAGAUCAAGCGGAUCAUACAUUGGCGCGGCCACCUGCCAAGGAAGAACGAAGCCUGCGAAAGGUCAAUACGGAUCCGGACAUGACUGCCAAAUCGAGACGCAUCCCUGGCGCACCUGUGCGCUACACGCCUUCUCCUACUAAGAGAUCGCGAGAAAGCACACCUGCUGCAAGCCGGCCCACCGCUCAUGUGCCUGUCCCACACACUUCUAUCAACAAAGCUCCCAGAUCUAGAAGGCCACUACAAAAGUCGGUCAGUCUGAACGUGACUGCUAAUGGAACCUCUACAGUCAUCCUUGGAAGACAGUUCAAAGCAACUUCAGCAAAACCAGCUCAGCAACCAGAACUGGAGCCUGCCCACCAGGAUUUCGGACCAUGGAGUCGCGAUGCGUUUGAUCUGUUCACCUGGCGCCCACCUGGAUGGAAUGAGAAGGAGUGGCGGAUUGAAAAGGUGGAUGAGGUGGCUCCAGCGCGAGUCGGCCUGAGCGGUGGUGUCUCAAUGCCUUCCUGA